CCAAAGCCCCCCCUUAAUCUACACGCCUGAAUAGAAUACACUAUACAUCUCCCAAAUCCUCUGUUAUUACUUAUUAUUAUCAAUGAAGUUCCAAACUGAAACCUGUUCUGUCUUCUCAUCAUAAACUUGCUCGUGAUUAUUUGAUCAUUCUUUCUUUCCCAAACAAACACACAUAUAUAUAUAAGAGUUAAAAGCCCACCCUUUUGCUGGGUGGAGCUUCGGGAAGACCAAAAUCGUCGGCGAACAUUGACCAGAGACACUCAGAGAGCAUCGUUGAGAAGAAGAACAAGAAGCCCAAAAGCCACAAGUUUCAAAAUUUGAAACUCUAUGAGCAUUUAAUCCGAAACCCAUCAAUUACUCGACGAGUUUCAAGAACUCGUAGUCUUGUUUAUAUAAGCAUGUAUUGUAGCUGCUUCAGAACCCAAGAGUUGACAGAUCUCUAAUCUCUUCCAGUAUUCAUACAUUGGUCAGCAAAAUGCGUGGUCUUGGAAAGAAAUCAUCUGUUCAGGAGUCUGGGAAAUCUCAUUACUCAACUCCUUUGUCAAAGCUAUUAUCAUCAGCAAAAUUUAAGAAAGGCGGAAAAGUUUCCCAUGUUAAAAAGGUAAAACCAAAAUCCAAGACGACUAUUGCUUCAUCCUUGUUGAAGAGAAGAAGUGCUGACUCGUCAAGGAAGGGAACAAAAAAUAAUGAUACAAGUAAGAAAUUGACAACUAGAAAAGGAUUACAUAAAGCACGUGAUGCAGAUUAUUCAAACAAGUCAUCUUCAGUGAAACUUCAGAAUGAAAAGUUCUCAAAGGAUGGCUCCGAUGAGAAAGGGGAAAAUGCCGAUGGGGAAACCAGAAUUAGAAAAAGGAGAAGAAAGAAGAAAAGCAAAAAGAAUAAAGUGGAUGUAGAUGAAACUGCUCGCUUGCAGAGGAGGACAAGGUACCUGUUAAUUAAAAUAAAAUUGGAGCAGAACCUGAUUGAUGCUUAUUCUGGUGAAGGUUGGAAGGGUCAGAGUCGAGAAAAGAUUAAGCCAGAAAAAGAACUACAGAGAGCCGAGAAUCAGAUUUUGAAGUGCAAGCUUGGAAUCCGUGAUGCUAUUCAUCAGCUACAUUCACUAGGUUCAGUGGGAAGCAUUGCAGACUCUGUCAUUGAUCCAGAUGGAUCUGUUUAUCAUGAACAUAUAUUCUGCGCGAAGUGCAAGUUGAACGAAGCUUUCCCUGAUAAUGAUAUUGUACUGUGUGAUGGGACAUGCAAUGCUGCAUUCCACCAAAAAUGUCUUGAUCCUCCCUUGGAUACUGAAAAUAUUCCUCGAGGAGAUCAAGGCUGGUUUUGCAAAUUUUGUGAGUGUAAAAUGGAAAUACUAGAAGUAGUCAAUGCUCAUCUUGGGACCUGCUUUUCCAUGGAUAGUACUUGGCAGGAUGUUUUCAAGGAAGAAGCUGCUUUUCCUGAUGGUGGGAAUUUAUUAUUAAAUCCAGAUGAAGAAUGGCCUUCAGAUGAGUCUGAUGACGAUGAUUAUAAUCCAGAUAGGAAUGUAAACAGUUGUAGCAUCAGCAGGGAAGGUAGUGAUGAAAAUGCAUCAGAAGACGAAUUGUCAACUGACGGCAGCGUAGGUUCUGAUGAAUCUACCGAUGGAGAUAUUGUUUCUGGCCGCAGACAGAGAAGUAGUGUUGAUUAUAAGAAGUUAUAUGAUGAAAUGUUUGGAAAGGAAGGUCCUGUGCUGGAGCAAGUUAGUGAUGAUGAAGACUGGGGUCCUGGUAAAAGAAAGCGAAGAGAAAAAGAAUCUGAUGCUGCCAGCACUCUUAUGACUCUCUAUGAGAGUGAGAGAAAUCCAGAUGCUGUCCCUACAGAAGUGAAAAGUAAACCUACUACUGAUACGCAAGUCAGAAGGUCAUGUUUCCGGAUUCCUCGCAAUGCGGUUGAGAAGCUCCGCCAAGUGUUUUCUGAAAAUGAACUUCCUUCUAAAGCUGUCAAGGAUAAUCUUUCCAAAGAGUUGGGCCUUGAUCCUGAGAAGGUUAGUAAAUGGUUCAAGAACACACGCUACCUGGCUCUUAAAACCAGAAAGGCAGAGGGAACCAAAAACCUUCACACUUCUGCUUCUGAAAUCAACAAGGAAUCCAGAUAUGAAAAUGUGACAGGAAAAGCUGUUGAUCUCAUGGCAUCUGAUUUUGAAGACACCUCAACUGAAACUGUGGUCCAUUCCCCAAGGAAUAUUAAGAAGUCCUUCCGGAGAAAGCAUCCAAAGUCAUUAAGUAGCACUCAGAAAAAAAAUCAACAGAAAGGAUCUUCAUGUUUGUCUCCUGCAAAGAGCAAUAAGGAUGGAAUGGAAAUGAGUGAUGAUGUGAGCUUGAAGAAGCUUUUGAAAGGAAGAACAAAGGAGAAGCGAGCCAACAUUAUUGCUGGAAGUGGAGGUGAGUCUCAAGUUUCAGAACUGGAAAUGGAGAGACUAUGUAAAGCCAAAGGUAGGCUAGAAAAUAUGAGACAGAAAUUACUAAAGUUUCAAAUAGCCAAGGCAAAGAAAUCAAAAAAGCCUCCACCUCAUGAACAGAGUGUCAUUUAUGUUCCAGUAGCAGAACUAAAAGAAAAGGUUUGAUAUUCUGAAAUGUAUUGAAUUGUCAUAUAGCAAUUUUCUGAUGCAGCAGUCAUAUCCAAAUGUUUUUCUGAUGUUAAAUACCUCUUUGCUGGUUCUAGAAUAAUAUAAUCUCUUUCUCUGAGUCAAAAGGGUCAAUUUAAAGGGAUCUCUGUAGUUUAUCUUUCACUCAAAGUGACCAGUUUCCAGAUUGAAGCUCCAACUUCAGUGACGAAGUUUUGAGUGUGGGGUAAUGCAUUGAGCUACAGUUCCCACAACAGCGCUUGU